GUCUGCGCAAACCAAGCUACGGAAACCAGGGCGGGCGUGCUCGUGAAGGGCAUGCGAAGUUGUUCGAAGCUGUUCGCGAACGGGUCACACCUGAACGCGCCUGCUUAAUUCCCAUACUCAAAGAGAUUUAUAAAAGCCUACAGGUUGCCUUACACCUGGAAUCAGGGGCAAAACGUGUUGUACUGGUCUGUAUUUCGGGCUCGUGAUCGCGGGAUGAGAAGUCGUUUUAUUCCAAGGAGAAGCCCACCCGCCCUCGUCAACAUGCAUCCAUAGAAACCUAGUCACUAGGUGAUAUAUAUCACCGCAGGCCUCUGAUACAUAAGUACGCGCUUGACCCAAACAUUUUACUAUGCGUUCACCUAGGCGCGCUAGCAUUGUGUUGGCUCUGUUCUGUCUAGCAUUACAAGUUUGGAGCUCUCUAGCGCAAACCCCCGGCCAAGACAAAAAUAACAUACAAGGCGAGCUUACGUAUAUCGACUACCACGAUGGCACUGGCGACUGGGCUCUGCUGGACAAGAGCAAUGGGCGCCACUUCGAGCCUCUGGGCAAGGGCAAGAAGCCUCCGAAGGCGGACAAGAAUGGGAAGGACCUGGAGCCGGGGCAGUACAUGACCAUUGGCUGCACGAUUGACACGACCACGGGCCAAUGCUCCUUCAUCAGCAGCACCGACGUGACGGUGCUCAAGCCCGCCUACAUCCCGCCCGCUACGAAUGUCCGGGAGCGCCUGCUGGUGGUGAUUGUGGACGCGCCAGCCUGCGGGGCCGCAGCCACGAGUGGCGCCACCGUCAGCAACCUGCAGAGCCUGUACUUUGGUCCGAACCUGGAUGGCAAGGGCGGCUGGGCGGUGCGCCUAGAGAACUGCAGCUAUGGCGAGGUGGUGUGGGAGCCCCCCACCAGCGGCCUGACCCAGUUCGUCACCGUCACGCCCAACUGCACUUGGCCCACGGCCUCCUGUGAUGCUUGGGCCAUGGCCAAUGCCGCCAACGCUGCGGCCCAGGUCAAGCUGGGAGCCACCACCUAUGCCACCUUCACCCACUCCCACCUGGUCAUGGCCGUUCCGUCUGCCUGCUCCUGGGCCGGCCUCGCGACCCUGGGCGGCGGCGUGGGCGGCGGCGGCCAGGUCUGGCUCAACACCAACACCUGGACGCAGACGUUUGGGACCUUCCAGGUCCCUCUUCAGGAGUCGAUCCACAACUUUGUCCUGUACCAUGGUUACUCGUCGGGCAUCGAGUACCAGGAUAAGACCACGUAUAUGGGCACCGGCCAGGCCUGCCCCUCGGUCACUGAGAAGGCGCUGACGGUCUGGACGCAAGCGCUCUGACUCCUGGUGCUGCAUUCGGCCCUUUCAACCUGCCCGCGUCCUGGACCACCGGUAAGCAAAGGAGAAGAGUUGCUUUUCACCAUUCCCAGCCAGCAACCAAGAGACACGGCGACGGGGGAGGGAUUGAACCACAUCGUGGGAAGGGGAGCAAGAUGGCCACCUUGCCCGGCAUACGGCCUUCCUGCUGAGCUCUUGAUUUGUUCCCGCCCUCUCCAUUGCACGUGAAGGGCUGGGCAACCAUGUGCGUGUGAAGCCCACAUGGACGUCUUGGUACAACAACACAAACUACGGCAUGAACUUGUACUUUGAGUUUAGGCAGGCCGUGUUGGCGGAUGCCAGCAUAGACGUCACCUACGCCAACAAGGUGCAUUCAGUAGUUGUGCGUGUGUGUUAUGUUUGCGGGAAAAUGCUUACAUGUGCUGUGCCUUGGACUGGACUCGCCAUCACUAUAACGACGGGUCCAUGCGUUAGAGCAUGCGUUAGCAUGCGUGCCGCAUGGCCCAAACGCAUGCUUAACGCGUGAAAAGCAUGUGCUGUACGCAUGCGGUGCCCGCCCAUACGCAUGCGUGCGCUACCAGAGCGUGCGUUACCUAACGCAUGCUGGUGUUGGCUAGCGGCCGCAGCGACUCUUUCUGGAUGUACGCAUGCGUCCCGAACGCAUGCCAUACGCAUGCUUGAAGCACAUAUGCCGGUUGCGUGAAGUACUACGCAUGCCAUGGCGCAUGCGGGACGCAUGUGCGUUACCUAACG